GACAGACGAAAACUAAUUUUUGAAAGUUGAGUGAUGAUCGAGAAAUUUUUUGAAGUCUAAUGAUUACUUGGUAAUCUUUGAAAUUGAAAUUAUCAAUUAAUUCUUUAAUAACUUCUCAUUUUAUUUUUAAUCCCUCGCUCACAUUUUCACACUGAAAUGCAUGUCCACGCGCAUUCCCGCCAAGUCCUAUAGAGCAAACGCGUCUUCUCCGUGCGAGAGAGCGAGGGAGAGUGAACUUUGUUAGGGGCUAGAGGGAUUUUCAAUGGGUUCACCGAAGAAGAGGAGAGGCAAGAAUAAAAGGGCUGAAACCGAAAUCCCAGUUGAAGAUGAUAAUAAUUUUGAUAAUUAUCGCACUUUCGAGACUCUCCUUAGAGCAAUUCAAUCCCCUCAGGGGAUAAAACCGCCGGUCUUGAAGAGUUUGUAUCUUCUGCUUGUUCAUUUGUCUUCAAACCCACAAUGGAGUGUCAAAUGUGCAGUUGGUUUGAAUGAAUAUGACCUGGAAAUUUACAAUGAAGGGAUCAAAGUGGCAUUCGGAGAUGUAUGUAGACUCUCCGAUGUACUAUUUAAAGAGAUAACUGAGAGGUAUAAGCACUUCUUAGCUUUAUGUGAAAACCUUGCAAGUAAGAAUUUCGAAGAAGUUAGCUCCCACUCGGAUUUGUUGGACGCCGCUGAAAUAGUGAAUUUGCUGUUGAGAUGUUGCAUAGUACUGUUGAUUCUGCUUGCAGCCCAACAAAAUCUUUUUCUGGAGAAAGGUCUCAUUCUGUUAAGGAUACUCAGACAAUUGAGUUUACCAAAUUCACUUGUGACAAAGGGGAAAAGUGCAUUUAACUUUGAGAAGUCAGUUUCUCAUCAGUGUGCUCGCGGUGAAAGUGACUGCAAAACAUCCUAUGCUGAAGACUUUACUGCCUCCUUUCACAUUUUAGAACCAUCUAAUCUUUACCUCUUUUUCCAAUCAGCAAUGCUGGAGGUAUUUCUAGACGAGCUUUUGAUUCAUGAGCAAAUAAGAGGGUACUUUAAGCUGAUUGAUUCUGUUGCUUCUAUUGGAGAAAAGCUGCUUAUUUGUCAUUCUACCCAGGGGGGUAUUGGGUUUGUAAUGGAAGUGAUUUGUACUCAUUUUUUAAAAUCAUUUUCUGAUGAGCUUGCAUUUGAAGAUUUUCUCGUCCGAUUAUUUGUCAUACAUGCUAAGGAACUUAGAUAUUCGUACAGAGCUCCAGAAAUAAGUCUGGUUACUGCAGUAUCAUUACUUCUCGAUCCUAUUAUGGUUUCUGCUCCAAAAUAUAUGCAAGCACAUCUGAUCUCUUUGGUUUCUGAAGCUAAUUAUAUGAUAGACAUAGAGAGCCCGAAACCAGAUCGUAAACUUUUGAACUGCUUCCUGUCAGUUUUUGAAAAAUCAGUCAUUUUGUACAUGAAGCACAUGUCUAGUUUGGAAAUAGAUGGCUAUUCUCAAAGUGGUGUAGGUUGUGAUAAAUCAAAUAUAUCGGAUGAAAGACUUCAUCCGUUGUUUGAAUCCUAUAUAUCGCCUGAGACAAAGCAGAAGAUCGAUACUCUAAUAUCCAGAUUAGAUGAUUCAUUGCUUCCAAAAUUGCAUGGCAUUUUCAUUAAAAUGAAAUCUGAUCUUGUAAGUUCUGCCAUGAAAUUUGUGAAGGAGAUGCAAACUGUUUUUGAGGUACCAUGUCAAGAUGAUAUUUUAGCUAUCUUAAGUGGCUUAAUUCUCAGAGCUUCUGAUAGCUUCAAUGACACUGCAAUACAUUCAAUUGAGGGUACAAGUCUGCAGGAUGUAUAUCUUCUUGCUUCCUUAUUGAAGUUAAUGAGCACUUCAUUGAGGCAAGCCGUACGGUGUCUCAGACAAGGUGAUGAUUUAUGUUGCGUGAAAACCUUGAAAGAUUUUUCUUCAUGUAAGGAGUAUGAUUUCAUUAUGGGUAUAAUCACUACUUUCAGAAACUUUGGCAUUCAGUUACCCACCCAACAAGUUCUAUUCGAUGAGAUGUCGAGCCAUGUUACAAGGCAUACAGUUUCUAAAAUGAUGUUUUUGCAUUUUUCUGGCUUGAUGUCAUUGAGCUUUGUUAGUGGGCUUGAUUGUUUAGUUAAGGGCUGCUUGUUGACAAUUAUUGCCAUAUUGAAUUUAUUUGUUUUCGAAGAGGGUAAUUUAGAUGCAUUUCGGUCAGUGGUUGAUUCCAAUAAAGAAUCCUUUUCAUCUGGAUUGCUCCAUGUCAAAUUCCAGGAGACUGUAGUGGACCAAAACUCUAGCCUAGUGGUUGCAUCAAAAUUUCAGAAGAUAAGGACCCUGUAUUUGAGGGAUUCUCUGGCGAACAAAAGUAAAGAAACAGGAGACAAAAGUAAAGAAACAGGAGACUUAAGUGUACUGGAUAUGGAGGGUGCCAUAGGGUUGGAAGAGGAAACAGAAGAAACAAGCAAUGGGGAGAUUUUUUUUAAGUGCUUGUUAAAGGAAGGAGAGAAAAUGUCUGAUUUUGACGAUUUAGCUGAUUUUGUUGAGUUCAAACAGGGAAAAGAUUACUCAAAUUGGUUAAGUAAUCGUUACAGAUAUAGAAAGUGGAAAUGUGAGAAAAUGGCAGUGUUGAAGUGGAAGAAGAAGAAAAAAACUUGGAGAACCUUUAAAGGGAAGAAGAUUGGAGUCGGUUUAUUUUGACCACAUGUAUUCAUAUAGUGACUCAGACGGGUUCAAACAAAACACUGUUGAUGAUCCAACUUAUAGUGUUGUGUCAUUUUGGUUGGUCGAACUUUUUUGUGUUCCAAAUUAGUUGCUAAACUUUCAUUUUUCUUUCAGUCUAGAAACUCGUCUUCCUUCAUCUGCUGAAUUAAAGGAAAUGAUGGCAAGAAGCUGGUGCUCCGCAAGGUCAAGCUUCAAGAUUGAGACCGAAGGAUCAAAGGGCGCCAUGGAAUUUUAGGCUUGCAAUAUGCAAUUUAAGAUAGUGAUUCUUCAAGAAUGCUGGACGUUCAUAAUACCAUUACUUUUGGGUGCCUAAAUGAAGUGAUACAGCCAGUAUAUUGUAAAUUUUGAGGAUUUGGCCAGGAAGUGAUUUGAUGUUCAUGAAUGUAUUUAUUUUUUUUUAUAUUCCUGUUCAGAAUUUAAAUCGAAUUAUAGUGCUUUAGACUGUAUUUCCAAUGGUAUAUUUUUUUCUUUC